AUGCGUGCAUCUCUAGUCAACCAGCUCCGGGUGCUCGUGCCCAUCAAGAGGACCAUCGACUAUGCCGUCAAGAUCCGUGUCGCCUCGGACGGCAAGGGCGUCGACCAGAACGUCAAGUUCAGCAUGAACCCCUUCGACGAGAUCGCAGUCGAGGAGGCCGUGCGCCUGCGCGAGAAGCACAAGGACGCCAUCACCAAGAUCACUGUCGUCUCGGUUGGCCCGCCCAAGACCGCUGAUGUUCUGCGAACUGCGCUCGCUAUGGGUGCGGACGAUGCGAUCCACGUCGAGGUGCCCGACAAGGGUGCGGCGCCGCUCGAGCCCCUGGGCGUGUCCAAGAUUCUGAACGAGAUCGUCAAGAAGGCAGGCGAGGAGGAGGAGGUCGGCCUCAUCAUCAUGGGCAAGCAGGCGAUCGACGAUGAUGCCUCGCAGACGGGUCAGAUGCUCGCUGGUCUGCUCAACUGGCCGCAAGCGACAUACGCGAGCAAGCUCGAGUUUUCGGGCAAGCCGGAGAAGGGCGCAGAGGCACAGGUCACGCGCGAGAUCGACGGCGGUCUCGGCAUCGUCAAGACCAAGCUGCCCUUUGUCAUGACCACCGACCUUCGACUGAACGAGCCACGAUACGCCUCUUUGCCCAACAUCAUGAAGGCCAAGAAGAAGCCUUUCAAGAAGAUGACGCUCAAGGACCUUGGCCUCGAGGACCAGGUCAAGCCUCGCCAGGAGAUCCUCAAGGUGGCCGAGCCACCCAAGCGCGAGGGCGGUGCCAAGGUGGAGAACGUCGACGAGCUCAUCUCGAAGCUCAAGGAGGCUGGCCGCAUUUAA